AGCCGGCGAGCAGUGGCGAGACAUGAUCGUGUACCGCGGGGCGCCCGAGCCGCUGACGCCCCCGCACUCCAGCCCCGAGAGUCUGCCCGUGGACCACCGCUUCCCGCCCUCGCUCCUAGCGAGCAUCCCCAAGUGCGGCGGCUGCCAGCAGCUCAUCCUGGACAGGUUCAUCCUGAAGGUGCUGGACCGCACGUGGCACGCCAAGUGCCUCAAGUGCAGCGAGUGCAGUGGCCAGCUGAGCGACAAGUGCUUCGCGCGCAACGGCCAGGUCUUCUGCAAGGAGGACUUCUUCAAGCGCUACGGGACCAAGUGCGCGGGCUGCGAGCAGGGAAUCCCCCCCACGCAGGUGGUGCGACGCGCGCAGGAGCACGUGUACCACCUACAGUGCUUCUCCUGCGUCAUGUGCAGCCGGCAGCUCAACACGGGGGACGAGUUCUACCUCAUGGAGGACCGCAAACUCGUCUGCAAGCCGGACUACGAGGCCGCCAAGUCCAAAGACGGUGCGUGCCUGGACGGGGACCAGCCGAACAAGCGGCCGCGGACGACGAUCACGGCGAAGCAGCUGGAGACGCUGAAGCUGGCGUACAACAACAGCCCCAAACCGGCAAGGCACGUGCGCGAGCAGCUCAGCCAGGACACCGGCCUCGACAUGCGCGUCGUCCAGGUCUGGUUCCAGAACAGAAGAGCGAAGGAGAAGCGGCUGAAGAAGGACGCGGGCCGGACGCGCUGGAGCCAGUACUUCCGGUCGAUGAAGGGCGGCUCGUCGCCGCGGCAUGACAAGCUGCACGACAAGGACGACAAGCUCGACCUCGACUCCAACUUCAGCCACACGCACGACCUGAAUAGCAACGACAGCUACAGCACGGUGGUGAAUAUGGGCAUGGACGGUGAGGGAUCGAGCCCGCAAUCAGGCAGCAGCCGGCCUGCAGGGCACUUCCUGCAUGGGGGCGGCACUGGCCCCGGCACACCACCCUACCUGUCGGCCAGCCACUCCCCCACAGCACUGGGACCUGCCUUCCCGUAUGCCGGUGACGGUCUCGCUGUCUACACCACGCUCGGUCAAGGACCACCUCCGGGGCACCUCCCACCAGGCCACCCUGGCCUGGCUAGCGGUCCAGCCUCUGAUCUCAGCAACAGCAGCAGCACUCACGGAUACCCCGAUUUUCCACCGAGUCCUGACUCCUGGCUGGGCGAAGUCGGAUCAGCACCCCCACCAGGUCCACCGGGGCCACCUGCACCGCAGCCGUACUGACCCCGCCACCCUACUGCCAGGCAUCGGCCUGCUUCCUAGUGACUGUCUAAUGAGAGUGGAAAGCUGCACAGUUGAUUCCUGCACAGACUGUUAUUAAAUUUCAUUAAGUUGUCUAUUGGGCUAAGAUUGCAGGAAUAUUUCAGCUACUAUCUCUGGGUUGUGGAAAGUGGUGUACACUUCUGUAUAAUAGACACUGUACCCUAAAAUUCGUGUGGAUGGAACACUAAGAAUUUUUAUUUAUUUCCUUUGGCUGUGGUGCACCAUGCAGCAAAUAACUAAUUUCGUGAAUACCACAUCUGGCACACAAUUCACUGCAUAUCUCCACUUUAUCAGAUGCCAUAUUUGUUGUAACAAUUUUUCGAAACAACAUAGUUUUGGUGUCAAUAGCAACAAUGGCUCUAAAUUUUGAUGUGACUUUGUCCUAAUACUGUUCCAUUAUUCAUCAAAAGAUUUAGAUAUUUUUCAGUAAGAAGAAGUUUCAUUUCAACUGACUUGUUUUGCUUAGUUCUUGGUGCUCUUCACAAUAGUACAAUAGACAUUUUAUUGGAAGUGUAUUAAAACAAUUAUUCCACACAACUCUAUCCCAAAAUGCCUUAAAUGAGGCCAUGAAUUUCCACUGUUUGUCUGUUUUUAGUUGUGUGCUUGUUCAUACAAUGUGUUAUAAAACUAUUCAUUUCAAAUCCAGUACACAAAGCUUAUCUGACAAGAAAUAAAUUUUUGUAAACACUGCUAAACAGAAAACUAAAUUUAUUGACAGGUUUUAGAAUGAAUUCCAGUCUUGGUGUUGAUUACUAAUGAGUACUUCCAGGGAAGGUUAAAGAAGCAGACAGAAACAUUUCAGAGAAAAUAGCAAGUUAGUUAACUACCAUGGGGAUUUGAUUUAGUACCAAAAAUUAAAGAACAAAUCUGAAUGUGAAUAAUGGAUAUAUUUCUCAACAAAACUGAAAUUAUCACCAUCGAAGAGGAAGUGCUUUGUCAAAAAAACAGAACAGUUACCUAGCUAAUGACAAAUGUAAAAAAGACAAAGUUCAGCAAGAAAGUCAUAGACUAACAUCAUUGAUGGCAAAGCAACACAAUACAAUUCAAAAUUACAGAAAAACACAUCUGUAUAUUUGUAACAGUCCUUUGUUUAUCCUACAUCCUUCAUUCUGCAUACAGUUUAGUUUUUGUCUAGCUGCAGACUUUCUACCUAUACAAACAUACAGAGUUCUUUUCAUCUCCUUUAAGAGUAACUAUGUACCAUAUAUUACUGUUACAACACCAAAUUUGAUUUCUAUUCUGAUUAUCCAGAUGUUGUACAUGGUAGAGACAUCAUUCUCUUUGAUGACAUCCUUUCCUCAUGUAUACAGAUUUGUCUCCUAACAACCUCUUCUCGGAAUGUCCCUUUUUUGCACUGUUUCCUUUAUUCCAUAUUUUUCUAUACAGACGCAUGACUAACAUGAUUAAUCACAUUCUGUUUAAACAUUUUAUUGCUCACUAUUCUGAAAUUGAUUACAAUACAAUAAAAACCUCACAAUCAAGUUACAUAUUAAAUCAGAAAUGAAGCUAAACAAAAUUACACCAAUACAAAAAUCAUUAUAUACUUGAACUACUGAUAACUCUGACUAAAAUUUCUAAGUUAGUCUUAAAUUUGUGAGCCAUUAAGCUAGAGGCCAGAGGUAUUAUCUUGUCAAAAUCAUUAAUGAAGAUAUAAUCAAUGAAAUAUUUUAUUACUGAAGUGAGUGGACAAAGCAGCAAUAUCUUUUAUCAUCCAUGUCUCCCUAACAAGUUGACAGUAUGGGAAAUAUAUCUUGUGACCACAGUUAUAGUACAUCUUGUGUUUCCUGACUUUACAUGUUCAACAUUAUCAAAAAGAAAAUAUGUCAAGUUUUUGUGUGGCAGAUGAUUUAAUUUUCCUUUUCCAGGAACAAACAAAACACAUCAUGUAUAGAGAAACAUUGAUCUAGUUUUACAUUUAAUCUUCCAGAGAACUCAAAGAUGAAGUUUAUAGGCAGAAAAUUGUUAACAAUCCACAAGAAUUGUCACUAACUCCCAAAAGAAUUUACAGCAAUAGUAUAAACAGCUGUUACAAAUUUAAAAUAUUUUGGCAUCUGUGAAAGAAAUUAUGCAGUUAAUGUUCAUUAAACAUAAUUGUAAUCACUGAGUGAAAUAACAAAGUAUGAUGUGUGAAUAGUAGAGAGGAAACAUUAUUACUACAGGUAGAAAGUGCUCCUCCAAUGACACUUGGUUUAUAUUUGACACAAAGAACUGGCUAAAUUACAGUGUGUUUUAAAGUUAUGAACCAUGUUGAACUACAGUAACAACUUUAAGUGUUUGAAAUGUGAUAAACUUCAAGUUUUAAAUGAGAAAGUGAAAUUUUGGUGGAAUUACACAUAAAUAUUGUGGUAUUUAGAACAAACUAGUCUAAAUGUAUUCCUAAUUAUUAUAAUGUAAGAAUGAGUGAAACAUGAACAUCCUUUGGAUACUUCAUUGUCAUGUAUAAUACAAAAUAUUUUGCACCUUUCUGUUUACAUAUGUAUUUGCAAACAUCAUGACACUGUAGUGAUGUCCUACAGUUGAAAUAAACCAUCACUCCCGCAAUUUCAAAUAGAGCAUUAGCCUUAUGGCAAUAGUCAUUUUGCAUCAUAGGACAGUUGAUUUCAGUUAUUCUAAAGAAGUUUUUCCAGUUACACUAAAGAAUGUGAAUAAAGUCUAUGUAAGCUGGCAGAAAUGCCAAUUUUCAAACAACUGCUUGUCCAAAGAUAUUA